AUGACUAGAGAUUUCUCGCGACGACUCAAAUUCGAGCGACAAUCGUCGUAUUUGCCGAUCCAAGGGAUCGGAACGUCGCGUUGCGUGUCGCAGCUCGUGCGUGCAGAUGUCGGUCCGCGUUCCGAUCAGAAUUCAGCGUACGAGUCGGAGAUGCAGUUCCACGUCCUGCCCAAGCUCAACAUCUCGUUGCCGACGUCGUACAUCGACCCGUCUACAAUUCAGCUGCCCGACUGGAUGUUCCUGGCUGAUCCGGAGUUCCACAAAACCGGUCCAGUGGACGUCAUUAUCGGUGCCGAGUUUUACAUGGACUUGCUGACGGACGAACGGGUGAAACCAGCUGCAGACGGUCCCACGCUGCACAACACGGUGUUCGGUUGGAUCAUUUCCGGCCGGCUUCCCGGCUGCGUUCCAGAAUCGACGUCUCUCGUAUCCGUCGCGGCAAUCGACGAGCUGCUGACCAGAUUUUGGGAACUGGAAACGUGCCGCACCAAGAGCACGCACUCGAUCGAAGAAUCCACGUGCGAGCAGCUGUUCGAGGAGACGACGGUUCGUGACGAAACUGGCAGAUUUGUUGUGACGCUGCCCAAGAAAAAGUAUGCUGUCCAGCGUCUCGGUGAGUCCAGAUCAACAGCCAUCAAACGCUUCCUGGGACUGGAGAAGCGGCUGUCAGCGAAUCCAGACCUGAAACAACAGUACAGUGAUUUUAUUCACGAGUACGAAGCCAUGGGACACAUGAAACGGGUUGCCGGCGACACGGCCGGGGGAGAGUUAGCGUAUUACCUACCACACCACUGCGUCUUGAGGCCGGACAGCACCACUACGAAGUUGCCAUCGUCGCUGACAUCGCCAAGAUGUACCGUAUGA